AUGGAGAAUAAAAUAUUUACACAUAUCUUUAAUAGUGCUUGUGAAGGUUUUUGUGCUUGUUCUACUUGUCACGUAAUUAUAGACGAAAAAUUUUAUGAUCUUCUACCAGAAGCUUCAGAUAAUGAAAUAGAUAUGUUAGAAUUAGCUCCUUGUAUAACUGAAACUUCAAGAUUAGGUUGCCAAGUAAAACUAAAAAAAGAAUUGAACGGAAUAAAAAUAAAAUUACCUCCGAUGACAAGAAACUUUUAUGUUGAUGGUUAUGUUCCUACUCCACAUUAA